CUUUUCGUCCCCUUGAAAGGGCUAUAAGCGCCUCAGACGGACGAAGUGAGACCGGCUCGGACGUGUGAAAUCGUGCCAGGCAUCGGCGGAGGGUCGGUCAUGGCGGCCGGGAUCGUGCUCCUGACGCUGGGCUCCUUGCUCUGCGCUCUCAGAGGCGCCUCGGCAGCAGGGGCCAAAAUCUCAACCUCUCCUGAAGUAACUUCUGGAUCAAAUGUGAUUAUUUCAUGUAACAUAAGUGAAACACCAACACCUAUCAAAGGCAAUUACUGGAUGAAGGGAGAGACCAGGCUUGAUUCCAAUGAGACCGCUCUGGAUUUUACCUCCUACAUGAUCCCCAAAGUGGAUUACGAAACCUCGGGAGAAUACCACUGCGUCUUUGACACCAUGCCCCUCUCAAAAGCAACGGUGUACGUGAAAGUUGCUCCCCACGUGGUGCCCUACAAGAAGACGGAGCACGGAAACGAAGGCGACUCCAUAACGCUGGCCUGCAAAUGCAAUUCUUACCCUCCUGUUACCCAGUGGACUUGGUACAAGAUGGUAGACCAGGUGCCUCAGCCUGUUGCCAACGGCACUGAAGAAAGAUUCUACAUCCGAUCCAAUGGCACCAGGACAGAUCUUCGGGUCGUUUCUUUGGAUCUGGAGAAGGACCCCGGGAUUUACGUCUGCAACGCCACCAAUGAAAUGGGCGAAGGGAGUGCUGAGGUGACCCUGAAGGUGCGGAGCCGGCUGGCUGCUCUGUGGCCAUUCCUGGGGAUUGUAGCGGAGGUGCUGGUGCUGGUCACAAUAAUCUUCAUCUACGAGAAGAGGAGAAAGCCCAAUGAGAUUCCCGAGGAUGAUGAUGAUGGAGGCUCUGCACCCCUAAAAGGCAACACUGCAAACAACAUGGACAAGAAUGUGCGUCAGAGGAAUGCAAACUAAACUCACGGCAAGGUGACACAUGAAACCUAAGCAGACAACUUAGAUGUUUCUUCUGACACUUUCCUGCUGUAAAACCAACAAUAUUUCUAGAACAUCCUUGCAUCCUUUUUUUUUUUAAAAAAAAAGGAAAACAAAAAAGCAGUGAGAGAUCUUUUAGCCUUUACGUUUUAACCACACAUAAAAGUCUUUUUCUCUUUGUCCUCACUGCUGAAUCUUGAGAGUUGGGGAAAGGAAAAUGGAAGGCCUGGGGGAAAUUACAUUUCAAGAAAACGUCGCCAGUUAGUUUUAAGAACCAUCAUCCCUCACUCAAGAACGUGCUGUUCUCUUUUCUCUCUCCCUCUCUCUCUCUUUCUCUCCCCCACCCCUUUUUUUUUUAAGUAGCAGACCAUAGGGGGAGUUAUUAAAUUAGUCCCAAUUUAAUGAUGCAGUAGCAUGAAGCAAUCUUAGAGUUUUAACUCACCCUCAACUUUAGGAAGGGCAGUGCUUCAACCCUGUGUAAGUUUGGCCAGUAGAAGAGUCGGCCUCCCCUUCUCUUCCUUACUUGGUCUCCCUUGGACCAGAAACUCCGCAAUCUCACACCGCCAUCGUCUCCGAAUCCCGGAGCGAAGAUACCACAAAACACGGGGUUGUCGCGCUGCUUGUGUGUCGGUGUGUUUUGUGUUUGGCUUCUCGGGCCUUGGAAGAUGACCGCCGCCUUCUGCCAUUCCUCUCUGCAGCCCCUUGGGGCUCUCCUUGGAGACGCGUCGUCUUGUGCGCUUAAGACACACACAGCGAUGGUGCCAUAAUUGCUCGGAAGACCAAAGACAAGGACGGCCCACAAGCCAGAAGGGAGCUGAAAGUCGGAAGCUCACACUUUAUAUACACGUAGGGUUGUAUUUCCAGCUUAUCUGACGGUGUCUCCUUUUGAGUCUCGUGACAUUUUAGACGGCAAUUAAUCACCGAGGCCAAAAGACAAGCCAGGACGUCACGCUUGUGCGGCUCCUCCUCCGUUUUGUCCCAACGCCGUUGGCCUGUGCCAAGCGGGGAGAAUGUCCUUGCGGCUUGUUGGGCCGACCCUUGUUUUGGUUUCCAUUGGAAUAGGUUAUUGUUUUAAAUAAGCUGAGCUUUCUCUCAAUAAAACAAGACUCGGUUGUUUUGGU